AUGGCACAACAAGAUCAUGAAAUAUUGAACAUAUAUAUACAUAAUAUUCAGUAUUUCAUACAUCUAUAUUCAGUAUUUCAUAAACACACUAAUGUAUCAUAUACAUACAUAUUUCAUAAACACACUAUGUAUCAUAGUAUAUUCAUAUUUCAACACACUAAU